AUGAUAAGUUCAUCUUGGCCAAAUACACCAUGUCAAAUGCAAAGGCCAUCAUUAAUUGAGGAUGAUGAUGACCAUACUAAUAAUAAGAAUGGAAAACAAUUGCUAUCAAAAAGUCUUACAUUUGAUAGGGAACCAUUAAAACAAAAACGAAUAAAAAGACUAAGUCGACCAUCACCAGCUAUAAUUGAACAACAACUACAAUGUUUAGGUCGAAGUUUACUUAGUAAUGAUAAUUGGCGACAAGAGACAAUGGCUGAUGUUCAUAUUGAUCCAUUACUAUAUGUACGUGGCAUGCUUAAUGAAUUGAGUAAUACAGAAGCUUUCCUUUAUACUCGACAAUGUCGUAUUGUUGUUGGUAAAUUACGUUUAUGUUGGAGUGAUGUUAAUGAAGAAAUAAAAUCAUUAUUAAAACAUAAAGAAUAUAUAGAAGCAGCUAUUGAACAUAUUCGAAAAGAUUUAAUAAUUAAUAAAGAGAAUAAUUUACAACAACAUCAACCACCAUUGACAGUACUUCCUCAACUAUUAUCAACUCUUGGUUUUCGUCUACCAUGUACACCUCAAAAUAAUUCAAUAACUUCAUCUAAUUCAAAUUUAAAUAAUACAAAUAUUUCAACAGAAGCAACAUUAUUGAAUGAAAAUAGUUCACUACUUGGUGGAAAUUUACUUGCUUUUACAUCAGAUGUUAUGCAAGUAUUUCAAGAUACAACAAAAUUAAUUGAAGAAUCAUAUGAAAUUAAAAAACAAGCGAUGAAUCAAAUAAAAGAUACAAAAGCUUAUUCAUUAACUGUUAAUCAAAGUAUUGCUCAAAAACUUGCGGAUAUUAUUACAUUAGCUGUAAGAAUAUUGUUUCAUUUCAAAGACUAGAGUUUUGUUAGAAUUAAGAGUUUCUGAUAGGAAUGGAAGUUAAUUGAGACGAUUAAAGAUUGUUAAGAUCUCAGUCAGAGUUAGUCAUCUAGGAUACACAGAUGACCAACUACAUGCAAUUUAAUUUAAUUCAUUUAAAGAGAGUUUUUUGACUAAACUUGCAAUUUUUGAAAUGUUUUAGUCAAUUCAGCUCAACUGAAUUCAUCAAUUUCGAAAAUUGUUAUGAUGUGAUUACACUCAAUUUAAGAUUUGAACUAAGUUGAAUCGACCUUUUUGCAUUGAAUUGUUCAAUUCUGAUCUCGGCCAUUCUUGAGGGUGUGGAUGCGAGUGUGGUCUGGAGUUAUUUAAAGUGUGCACCCACACCCUUUUUCUUUCUUUCAUUCUUGUCAGAUAUUCGUUGUUCUUGCUGAUACUGUGGAGUAUCAUCAUCAUGUGUCUCUUUUUUUGAUAGACAUAUUGUCUUUCGAGAAUAUAUUAGAAGAUUUUGACUCUUCUUUUUCUGGUCUCAUUGAUGAAGUCAAAUUGUUUUUAACUUUAUCAAAUAAUCUAUUUGCUUGAAACAAUGGGUAACACUAUGGCAGAUAACGUAUAUAAAAGAACUUGAAAAAGAACAUUUCUGAAAAUUGAGCUUGAAUGUCUAAAAUUAUUAUAAACCUAAUACAUAAUUUUUAUGCCAGGAUGAUGACAGUUAAAAUAAAAUUUCGUCCUCAAAAGUUUCAAUGAUAUAUCAAAGAAUCUAUAGAUCAUUUUGGGUAUUAUAAUGAUUUAUUAUUUAUUUAUCUUAGUAUCUAAUUUUCGUAUUACUUGUCAGAAUACUAAAAAACAUUUUUGGCUCUAGUAAUAGAAAGAUCGAAAAGAAAAAUGUUGAAAAAAAAGUUGUCUCUAGUAAACGCUGACUUUUAUGUCGUCUAUCUUUAUUAUUAUUGUUCUGCUCAUUCUAUUGAUCUCGUGAUAUAGUCAUUAGUAAAGAUGAUGAGUAAUAUUUGACAGAAAAGAGCUAGCUAGAAUAAUCAGAAAAAUAAAGUAGUAUUAUACAAAUGAAAAUAUAUUAUCAUGACAAACAGCUGUUUUGAUAUGUAAGCUUAUUGAAAGUUUUCAUAAAAUUCGAAUCAUCAAUUGAUUACAAUGUGACUGUCAACCUCUAGAAAAAGAAUAUAU